UCUAGUUUCUGAUCGCAACCCUUGCACUCGCAUCUAUGGCGUCGUCUUCAUCAAACGUAGUGGGUGUUCACUACCGCGUCGGCAAGAAAAUCGGAGAGGGAUCUUUUGGUGUCAUCUUCGAGGGUACCAACCUCCUCAACAACCAGCAGGUUGCUAUCAAAUUCGAACCUCGCAAGAGCGAUGCUCCUCAGCUCCGCGAUGAGUAUCGGACCUACAAGAUCUUGGUUGGAUGCCCCGGUAUUCCUAAUGUCUAUUACUUCGGACAGGAGGGCUUGCACAACAUCCUUGUGAUCGAUCUUCUCGGUCCUAGUCUGGAGGAUCUCUUCGAUCACUGCAACCGCAGAUUCUCUACCAAGACCGUUGUCAUGGUUGCUAAGCAGAUGCUCUCCCGCGUGCAAACAAUCCACGAGAAGAAUCUUAUCUACCGGGAUAUCAAGCCUGACAACUUCCUUAUCGGACGCCCUGGUACAAAGGCUGCCAACGUCAUCCACGUCGUUGAUUUUGGUAUGGCCAAGCAAUACCGUGACCCCAAGACCAAGCAGCACAUCCCCUACCGUGAGCGCAAGUCAUUGUCCGGUACCGCCCGGUACAUGUCUAUCAACACACAUCUCGGUCGCGAGCAGUCCCGACGUGAUGACUUGGAGGCUCUGGGACAUGUCUUCAUGUACUUCCUCCGUGGAGGUCUCCCCUGGCAGGGAUUGAAGGCUGCUACCAACAAGCAAAAGUAUGAGAAAAUCGGUGAGAAGAAGCAGACCACUGCCAUCAAGGACCUCUGUGAUGGGUACCCCGAGGAAUUCAACAAGUACCUGAGUUACGUUCGAAACCUUGGAUUCGAGGACACCCCCGAUUACGACUACCUUCGUGACAUUUUGACUCAGGCCCUCAAGAAUGGCGGAGAUGUGGAAGAUGGAGAGUAUGACUGGAUGAAGCUGAACAAUGGCCGCGGAUGGGACUACAAGUCGCACUCGUCACAGGCUCAUCUCCAAAACCAGUACCAGACCUCGACGGGGCGCGAUAUCCACGGGAGUCAGAUGCGUCACAGCCAACAAAGGCCUGGAGUGACUGCCGACCGUUUAAACGCAGCGCAGCCCCCUCCUCCUUCUCCAGCCAAGGGACCCGGCAAGACACCCCGAGACCGCCCAAGCGGCAGCGGCAUGCCGCCGAAACGUGCGAGCGGGGGCUUUGAGACCGGGACCCCGGCAGCAUCGACCACAGCGCAGUUCCAGAACUCCAACGCUCACCUGCCUCGCCACGGUAGUCCCGGGAACCAAGGACUGAAUAGCCAACAGGCUGGCGGCGUGCAAGGAAACAGUGACGCGCAGCCCACUUUCGUCCAGAAAGUCAUGAAGGCUCUCUGCUGCGGUAGGUGAUCUAGCUGUGGUUUCCUCUAGUUGUUUGCGGCUCGCUCAUUUCGAGAUCCAGGUUGAACUCGAAUUAAAUGACGCGACGCCGCGGCAUCCUAGAUUGGACUCGGCCUACCUUUCUCUGCUCUGCCCACAAUAUUCGAAUACGGCCGAAGAAUAACAACAAAGUCGGCAUGGGACUGUCUGUCUGGUUUCUUUUGUUUCGGCCAUCUUGACUAGGUAACUCGUCGUCGCCCGGCUAUGUCCAGGUGAUGAUCAGUUCCAUACAUGGCCACCCCCCUUUUGACACUCUUUCUUCCCAUUCGACGCUUCAGCCUACAACUCGCAUGUGGCUAGAACGACUUUUCUCUCAUUGAUGCUUACGUCUUCAUCCCCUUUUUUCUUUUCACGGUGCUACGGCUGGGAACGGCGAAUUUUGAGAGAUUAUUUUUCUUGUUGCCCAUUUUUGCAUCCCCAUCACUAUAUUUGGCGUUAACCGUCUAAUCCCAAAAAUUUCGGCAACGAGCGGAUUCAGAGGUCGACAUUCAACUGGCUCUUCACAUCUGCAUUCUGCUAUUCCAGGGGGCUUUUUAGACUGGGGAUCUUGCAAGGCAAUUCUUGUCCCCGCUUGGGACAUGAUCUGCUUGACUUGCUUUAUUCUAACCAG